AUGGGCUUCAAGAAAGCCCUCAAAACUCUUGAAAUCCUUGAAAAGCCAGAAGUUAUUUUUAAUAGGAGACUUAAUUCCAAUCCUUUCCAUCCGUUCAAAAAGGUUGGAAAAAACAGUAAGUAUUUUAUCAAAUAUCAUCGGCAGAGCGUUAACCUGACGCGUAAUUAUAUUCGCGAUUUUGCGCGACAACUGCAGAAGUAAUUUUUCUCUUUAGAGCGUGAGUCCCCUAAAAGUAACGAAAGCCAUUAGUCUUUCUGGGCUUACAGUACAGAAAAGACAAAACGAAAGAACAAAGAAACAAACAAAGGAACAAACCAAAUGAAAGAUCAAGGACCGGGAUGUUCAAAGCUGGCUUAAGAUAACCCAAGGUCACAUAAGUGGGAAAUUUGAGAUAAGAAGGCUUUUAAAAAAAGCAAAUUCUGUUAAAUUCUUUUUGUCUAUACAAUUUGCGAUUGAAUGCUCUAAAAAGAAUAGGGAAAAUUAUCCGAAAAAUGCUCUGGAACAAACGAAAAAGAAAUGGGGAAAUGGAAUUUGACCUCGGGUUAGCGCUAAUCGGCCUUCGAACAACUUGGCCUAGAGCGAGAGGAAAGAUCAGGUGAUCAGUAUCAAAAUUCUCCCUGUGAUGUCAAUGCUUUACAAAACAAAUGGGUGACGAGAAUUAGGGACAUGAUCGCACAAGAUGAAUAUGGUUGAUUCUUAAACAAUUUCUCCCUACUACCUCUAUAGGAAAUGUAGAGGGACAACAAAUGUGAUUUUGUAUUUUGAUAUUGGGUUUCAAGGGGUUAAUUAUAGCCUAACAAUAGUAAGCUUUCUGAUUGCAGAGUUUGAGCUUACUUUCAGUCGUCGACGACUUUACAUCGGGUUAUUCAUGACUGUGGUUUCCAUAGCAACGCUGAUCACGUGGGGACUUGCAGACAAGGCUAGCGUGAGUAUUUGUCUGAAAAAUGGCAGUUAGUUCUCUAACGCCUCUCGGUUUUCAAAGACUCGUAUGAAAACUAAGAGGGUCUUGGAACUAAGCGUAGCGUGGAACAGAGUAUGUAACUUUCUUUUAUCUUUUUUUGUUGUGAUGCCUUAGUUUGAUUCCUUACGUCUGGAUUCGACUUUGCCCUUUUAGUCUAAUCGUGACCGAAUAAAAGUUAUUGACCGAACAAAAAUUAGCCCUUCAUUGUGCAGGUUCACUGCUGCACAAUAACAUUUGUUGGAAAACUUGGAAAUCGUUGUCUACCACUUCCACCGGGAGUAGCCUAUCCAUGCUGAAGUUAAUUAAUCUGAAUAACCUCACGUACUACUGACUACAUGUAAUGCUGACCUGGAUCUUCACUCCCUAGCAAUAUAUGUUGUUCCCUACCUUGGUUGGUGCCGUGUCGGCCAUUAUGGCUUGGGAAAACCGUGGCCAUCGCACAUGCGUACUAGACGGAGAGCAAAUGGAGUACAAGUGUGUAAUCAAUGAACAUUCAGUGGAGACUGGCAAGUUCCACAAUGUUUACAUCAGGCUAAAGGCUCAAAAACAUGGUAAGUUAUCAUUGUUUUAUCGCCCUGCGCGUCGUGCUGUUCCCCAAUGUGCUCCUAAUUUUAAGGAUUUUUGUUGUAAUGACGUGUUUAUUUCCUUUAUUAAUCGUGUCAUCAAUUGAAAGCGUGAUGCGAUUGGUCAUUUUAGUGCCCAUUACGUGCCGGGUUUUGAGUGACUUGACGUCAAGAUGACUCAGGGUUUUGGCCAAGCCAUAUUUUCCCUUAAAAACGCGGGAAAAAAGCUGUCAAAGAGGAAACAAAGUCGUCCAAUAUCCAGUCAUCUUGACCCUACAAAGUUGGUUAAUAAAAGAUUUAUUAUGUUGCCAAAAGCAUUCUUUUUCUUGCGGGAAAUCACGAGUGAGCAAGACAGGACCAUCUUGCCUGUUUUUGUAGCCAAUCAAAAUACAACAGGAUUUGCUUUAUCGUGCCCUUCCAAAGUUGAUACUCCUGACUGUCAAUAAAAAUACGUGUCAUAUUGCUGGAAAUCCUCCCGUCGUUCUCGAACCAGAAAGUGCAGGGGCGGAUCUAGGGGGAGGGUGCAGGGGGUGCGCCACCCCCCUGAGAUGACCUGCGGUUUUCUAAUACAACUGGUAUUCUGCAAAAAAAAAAAACUAUGUGGUUUAUUGGUGUUGAAGUAGAGCAAGAGAUGAGUGCACCCCCUCCCAAAAAAAAUCUUGGAUCCGCCCCUGAAAUGCACAGCUGAAUUAAAAUGACUUGGCAAGUUGUUUCCCUUUUUAGAAGCAGUUAAAUCAGGAUAUCUUUUAGUUAGGAGGACUUUUUUGAAUGCGUUCUUAUUUAUUAAAUCGUUUCUGCUGAUCGAGGCCUGAUGCAACCAUUAUUUUCUUUCCUUUUGAAGGUGCGGGUGAGAUGUAUUAUUAUGUUGUCUUCAAUGGUUUUCACGUAACGGAACAAAAGAUCACGUCUUAUUCCAAAAAUGAUAAGGUGUGUUUUUGUACCUUGUUUUUAAUUUUUUAUCGUAUGUUACCUGGACAGACUUGUUUCUUUUCAAAACUAUGUCAGUAUUAAAGUGCUUACAAAGUCCUCAUAUCAAGUAAUUGACUGCAACCACAAUUCAUGAAAAAUAAAAUACGAUUACAAUUUUUCUAUUCAUUGACUAAAAUUUACAACUAGGUAGUGCAUGUUUCCGUUAGUGAUUCUAAUAACGAAAAGCUUUAUAUAUACUUGUGUGAAAAAGUUUAAUUAAAUUGAAAUUACAUAAAUAGACGCAAAAUCCUCCUAAUAUGCCGAAAGAACCUUAAGAGUACUCUUAUAAUGUUGUUUAGACGAAAAUACUGCGUUGUAGAUGUCUUUUUCUGUUUAUCUUUACUUUAAAAAUGUUUGUACUAAGAUCAUUAUAAAAGAUUUCAGUUUCGGUGUCGCAAAGACUCUUGAUAGGCAAAUCUUCACCCGGUAUGUAGUUACUUUUACAAUUCGUUAUUUUUGUUCUUCAUCGUACAGAAGCUACGUGUUUUGGCCAAGAGACUGGCGGAAAAUCUGAACUUAAACUACUUUGACGUGAAAGCAAACUCUAAAGAUCGUAUCCUUUUUCAUCAUAUUAUGCGUUUUGAAAUACAGAAGAGCAGUACACGCCCCACGUCUAGUCACGUGAGGGCACAAGAGACAUGA